AAUAUGAUGCAAUAUUAGCAGGAACACCAAGUCAACAACAACACUCCAGUGGAGGGAGGGGGCACUUGUUCUCACGACUACGACCCCCCCGUGAGGGCGGCUACCGACCAUCACACAGCGGACACACCGGUGGACCGAAGCCCGGGUCCGGUUCCGUGCGUCACGGCCCUGCGAAGCCUGCCUUCCCGCCCCGCCCCCACAUGCUAAGCCGUACCUGUAGAGUAGUAAUGUGUUUGUCGUUGAAUUUGUUCUCGCAGUAGCGCAGCACCAAGGACGUCUUGCCCACGCAGCCUUCCCCCAGCAGGACCACCUUGAACGAGAAGUUUCUGCCGCCGCUGCCCGCUGCCGCCAUGGCGGCCAGUCGCUGUGUCACAACAAGCUAGCUGCCGAUGCUAACGCCCAGCUCCUCACAUCGGCACGCCCGCUCUCGGCCGAUAAACGAAGGAAAAGCCGUCGACAACCGAGGUGGAACACGAACUCAAGACAUGAGGGACGUUCAUUUAAAGUCGGUUGAUAUUGUCGUCGGUCUGACGUGCUGAUUUUCGCCCAACUAAUGGCGUCGCUUUGAGCUAGCUGCUGUUAGCCGGUUAGCCCCAAACACCGUCUAUUCGGAAAGAUGCACCACGCGUGACCAUGCGCAGAGACGACACGAUUUGCCCGGUCGUAUGCGGGUUACCGUCGGUGUAAAGAACACGUAGAGUUAUCGAUAGGUUAAUGUAGGCGAUCUGGUAAGGUUUGAUGUCCCGACGCUGUCGUGCAACAAGCCAACCACUACAGACGGACGGUGUGGUAAAAAAGCAGCAGAGCGCGACGCCUUCUCUGUGUACGAUCUGUGCCGUGUCACAUGACAGGGGUCUGGCCUUCCUCAUAAUUUGUCAACAAAAACAUCUGAAAGCUGUCACACUUGUGAACAAUGAACAAUUCCCACCUCGUGACACACAACGUGACGCUUUUCACCGUGACGUCGCCGCCAUUGAUGCUCGUUUGUUCAAACAUUCCCCAGACAUGAUCAUGGGGCUGGUGGCCAUCAGCGUGCUAACCCGCAUACCCAUAUGUCAUAUUGGACACGCGUAUGUUGGCAUUAUACUAUACAUGCUUAUUCUGUUCAUACACCGGCUAUUAUUGGCCAUAAACAAGUUCAUAUAGUAUUUAUUAUAAACAGAAACGGAGUAAUAUUGAGCAUGAACAAGUUCAGAUAGUACAUACAUGUGGUAAUGUUAUACAUAAAUAUGCUAAUAUUGAGCAGAAAGAUGUUAAUAUAAUACCUGCUAAUAGUAUUCUUAAAUAUGCUAAUAUAGUACAUAAACAUGGCCAUAGUAUACUUGAAUAUGCUAAUAUAGUACGUAAACAUGUAGUAGUGUACUUAAAUAUGCUAAUAUAGUACCUAAACAUGUAGUCGUAUACUUGAAUAUGCUAAUAUAGUACAUAAACAUAUAGUAGUAUGCUUAAAUAUGCUAAUAUAGUACAUAAACAUGGUCGUAGUAUAGUUAAAUAUGCUAAUAUAGUACAUAAACAUGGUCGUAGUGUACUUAAAUAUGCUAAUAUAGUACAUAAACAUGGUAAGAGUGUACUUAAAUAUGCUAAUAUAGUACAUAAACAUGUAGUAGUAUACUUAAAUAUGCUAAUAUAGUACAUAAACAUGGUAAGAGUGUUUUUAAAUAUGCUAAUAUAUACAUAAACAUGGUCGUAGUAUACUUAAAUAUGCUAAUAUAGUACAUAAACAUGGCCGUAGUAUACUUAAAUAUGCUAAUAUAGUACAUAAACAUGUAAUAGUAUACUUAAAUAUGCUAAUAUAGUACAUAAACAUGGUCGUAGUAUACUUAAAUAUGCUAAUAUAGUACAUAAACAUGGUGGUAGUAUACUUAAAUAUGCUAAUAUAGUACCCAAACAUGGUAAGAGUGUUUUUAAAUAUGCUAAUAUAGUACAUAAACAUGGUGGUAGUGUACUUAAAUAUGCUAAUAUAAUACCUAAAGAUGGUGGUAGUGUACUUAAAUAUGCUAAUAUAGUACAUAAACAUGGUGGUAGUGUACUUAAAUAUGCUAAUAUAAUACCUAAAGAUGGUGGUAGUGUACUUAAAUAUGCUAAUAUAAUACCUAAAGAUGGUGGUAGUGUACUUAAAUAUGCUAAUAUAGUACAUAAACAUGGUGGUAGUGUACUUAAAUAUGCUAAUAUAAUACCUAAAGAUGGUGGUAGUGUACUUAAAUAUGCUAAUAUAAUACCUAAAGAUGGUGGUAGUGUACUUAAAUAUGCUAAUAUAGUACAUAAACAUGUAGUAGUGUACUUAAAUAUGCUAAUAUAGUACAUAAACAUGGUGGUAGUGUACUUAAAUAUGCUAAUAUAAUACCUAAAGAUGGUGGUAGUGUACUUAAAUAUGCUAAUAUAGUACGUAAACAUGUAGUAGUGUACUUAAAUAUGCUAAUAUAGUACAUAAACAUGGUGGUAGUGUACUUAAAUAUGCUAAUAUAGUACAUAACCAUGGUCGUAGUAUACUUAAAUAUGCUAAUAUAGUACAUAAACAUGGUGGUAGUGUACUUAAAUAUGCUAAUAUAAUACCUAAAGAUGGUGGUAGUGUACUUAAAUAUGCUAAUAAAGUACAUAAACAGAAGUAAAGAAAGGCAUAGAGCAUCUACUCGUCUCCAACAUCUAGAAGAUUCCUAACUGUGUAUCAUACAGUACGUGUACAUGAUACAUCAUAUACUACGUGUAUCACCAUGAUACUGCGUAUGGUUGAUUGCUAGGACCUUUGACCUUUUGAAAGGUUGUUGACAUGGAGGGUGAUGUCACACGUAGAGAGAGGGAGAGGGAGGUGUGUAAGACAGCCACUUCCUGUUCCAGGCUCAAAGUCCACUUGACACAAAGGACACACACACACACACACACACACGCACACACACACAGACACACACAGCAGGAGAACCUUGUCGUUGCGUCCACCACCGACUGAUCGGAAGCAGAAGAAGGAGCCAGGAUCCACAUGCGGCGGUCCAGAGACCCACAUGGAUAGCACCUGAGGUCGGUCAGGAGGAAGAAUCCCCCCCGGGACAGCCAGCCGCCCCAAGCAGGCGCGGCCAUCUUGGAGCGCUAGGCGGCAGGCCAUCAUGGAGGCUCAGGUGCACGGCGAGAAGGAGGCGCUGCAGGAGUUCUUCGGCGGUUGGGAUGUGAGUCAUGUUCUGGAAAGUUCUGUUGCCGUGGAUACCAGCAUCCUGGAGCGCUACCUGAGCGGCGACUCGGACCCCAACGCUUUCGUACUUCCUGACUCUCCUCCCGACUCGCAGGCCUGCUCUCCCGAGCAGAUCCCAGACCCCGCCUACCUCGCGACUGAUCCCUCGCUCAGCCAGAAUCCCGCCGUGGCCCCGCCCCCGCAGCACUCAGGCGGACCCUUGCUGCACCCGCAUCAACAUCAUCUUCUUUCACCGCAAACGCUCGCCUGCAAUAUCACCUGGGGGGCUUCUGCCCCGCCCCCAGCCUCGUGUGUGCUAGGCUCCGCCUCCUCACUGCGGACCAGUUCGCCCGGCAAUAAAAGGCGGCGACGACGAAGCGGCUCGCAGGACUCGUCCCCAGGACCGGACACGACGUGCGGCGAUGGGGACGCGGCUUCCCGAGGACACGGUCCGAGCGGCUCGCUGACGUGGGAGAACUUCCGCCCAGGCGAGUGGAACGCCACCAUGGACGCCAGCUUCCAGACGCUGUGUGCCCCCGCCUUCCUGGUGGACACGGACAAGGGCUUCCACUACUCGCCGGCCGACGACGCUUUCAUCUGCCAGAAGAAGAACCACUUCCAGGUCACAGUUCACGUGGGCGUGGCUACAGAGCCUCGCUACGUGCCCACGCCCCGUGGCGUGGAGCAGGUGGACCACUUCCUCAUCCGAGUGUUCGGGGUCAAGCUGGAAGCUCCCGAGCGUCACGUGACCAUCGAGCAGUCUCAGGCCGACCGCAGCAGGAAACCUCUGCAGCCCGUCAGGGUGGUGCUGAGCGGCGUGGGGAUCAGCAAGGUGACGCUGGGCCGCCUCCACUUCAGCGAGACCACCGCCAACAACAUGAGGAAGAAGGGAAGACCCAACCCAGACCAGCGGUAUUUUCAGCUGGUGGUCGGCUUGUACGCCGCCAUCAGAGAGGAGGACGAGGAGAAGCCCUUCCUCAUGGCCGCCCUGGCAUCAGAGAAACUCAUCGUUAGGGCAUCCAACCCAGGUCAGUUUGAGACCGACGGCGACGCCUUGUGGCAACGCGGGGCGGCGCAGGACGGCGUGGUCUGUCACGGCCGCGUGGGCAUCAACACGGACGCCCCAGAGGAGGCGCUGGUCGUCUGCGGCAACGCUACGGUGACGGGCAGCCUCAUGCGGCCGUCGGACCGGCGGGCCAAGGAGAACAUCCAGGAGGUGGACCCGCAGAAGCAGCUGAGGACCAUCACGCAGAUGAGACUGGUGGAGUUCGACUACAAGCCUCAGUUCGCCGCCAGCAUGGGGAUAGACCACACCCACCAGACAGGUCUCCUCGCUCAGGAGCUGAAGGAGCUCCUGCCGGACGCCGUCAAGGAGGUGGGGGAGGUGACGUGCGGCGACGGCCAGAAGAUCGCCAACUUCCUGGUGGUGGACAAGGAGCAGAUCUUCAUGGAGAACGUGGGCGCCGUGCAGCAGCUUUCCAAAAUGGCCGACAGCCUGGAGAGCCGCGUCACCGAGUUGGAGGUGUGGAAGCGACGCCUCGCCAAGCUCAAGAGCCUGACGGGAAGCCUGCGCUCCACCAGCACCGCGUCCGGGCAGGGAAGCGUCGCGUCCACCUCGCACGCUUUGGACACGCCCACAAAAGCGCCGGGUGCACGUGGCGGCCAUUGUGCCCCGCACAGAACCUUCCAGGCGUGCAUCUGCACGCUGGGCAUCGCUGUGGCCGUCUGCCUCGUCACCGUGGGCGCCCUCUACCUGCUCAGCCAAUCACAGCACAGCAACAUGUCUGCCGGCAACAGUAACAGCAGCCUACUUCCUGUGCAGACCACGCCCACCAGCUCAGCUCCACCCACCGCCCCCACCGGCACCCCCGCGUCGUGGCCCCCCGACGUGCACUUCUGCGACCUGCUCUACUGCAACACGGUGUACUGCUGCCCCUCGCCACCGGGGGGGCGCUGUGACGCCAACCUCAGCUCCAGCCAAUCGGACGCGGCCGACGACUUUUUCCAGAAGUUUCUCAGCGCCAAAGACUGUAAGUGCUUUAAAAUGGUUGACCAGGAACGCCACCUCACCAGGACGCCCUCACCGUGUGCACCAGGGACCAACACCAGCAUGACGUCUUUCAUGAUCAAAGAGAACCAGCAGGUGAUUGACAGGCGCUACUGCGUGAGAGACGAGUGCGGACCCGACAGGUUCGUGUUCCAGGUCCCCAUCAGCCCGUUUGUGCCCACCAACAUGCGAGUGACGCUCCUCAUGAAUUCCACGCAGCUGCUGGUCGUCCACCUGUGCGCCUUCCAGGAGUCGUCCGCGUGCACCGGCGUGCACGACAGAAACCACGCCGGCGCCGGCGGCAGAUACCCGUCCAACACUCAGGUCGGAACCAGAACCAGAACCAGAACCAUGGCUCCCUCUGGUGGCUGCUGUUGUUAUCACUGCCCAAUCAAUGUGUGUGUGUGUGUGUGCGUGCGUGUGCACGUGCGUGCGAGCAGGGGGAGCAUCAAUGGCCGCUGCACGUCGCUCCUCUUCAUCACGGCUCCUAUCACUUUCGCUCCACGGUGGCCGGUCAAGCCGACUGCAGUACGGACCACCGCCUCGGGGGGGCGCUCUUCACCGACUACCACUUCUACUUCCACCGACGCUGCCCCGCCGGCGUGUAAAAGAUGUCAUGGCUGAUGUGUUCGUAUUAAAAGACUACAUCCAGCGUUGGUGUCGUCUCGUG